ACUUCCCAGCCUCUUCCAGCCUGCUUUUUAGGCCGGCACGGCCACACCAAGUUGAUUUGCUCUUACUAUCCCAUCGCUCAUCUGGACUUUUGGUUUUUUCUGAAAGGUUGUGCUUGUUGUUUCGCUAUUUAAUUCUUUGGAACCUUUGAUCAAGACUUCGACUGCUUUCAGAAGUACAGAACAACUGCCUCAUCAUGCCGGACAUUCCACCUCAGGAGAAGCCACUCAAUGAGCUGCUCUCGCGCUCCAUGGUCGACAUCUACGUCGGCCCCGAAAAUACGCACUGGAUCCUCCACGAAAAGCUCCUCUGCCACCACUCGCCCUUCUUCCGCAAAAUCUUCUACUCCAAAGAGCGUCCCUCGAAAUCCUUCGGCCUGCCAGACGAAGAAGACGCGCCCUUCAAAACCUUCGUCGGCUGGCUGUACUCAUCCUCGCUCCCCGUGCCCCGCGAAGAAGCAGACCUCUCCGCGCUCUUCGACCUCUACCUCAUGGCUGAGAAGAUGCAGAUCCCGAAUUUGAUCGCGGACGUGCUGCAGGUGGUCAGGGAAUGGUACAAAUACAGUGAUAGCUACCCCGGGCUGCGGAGGGUGCAGUAUAUCUACGCGAAUACGGAGGAGGGGAGUCCGAUGCGGCAUAUGCUUGUGCAUAGUGUGGCGCGGUUGAUGGUGCUAGAGAAAGGUAUCCCGGCACACUGGGACAAGGCGCUGCGGAAGAACGGGCAGCUUGCCGUCGACAUCAUCAGGGCUAUCCAAGAUUGGAGACUCGAGGAGGAUAUCGUGCCCGAUUCGCGGGAUGACCCCGCCGAGGGCGAGGAGCUGAUUGAUGUCGAGGCAGAGAUGGACGCUGCUAAUGCGGAGAACGAGAAUGAGAAGGAGAAUGUGGAUGAUUCCGAGGAUACAGUUGUGGAUAGUCCAAUGCAGGGGCAGCAUUCGCCGGAGAUGGGCAAGCAGGAGAAGAACAAGAGCAAGGGGGAGGAGAUGGCGAGUGGGUUCAAGAAGAUAGCACUGCAGGCUGUGCCGAAUGGGAUUAAUGGGGAUUAUGGGACGCUGCACUAGGAUGUUCGACGACGACGACUACUAUGAGUUCUCCUGACUUAGCCUCAAUUUGCACAGCAAUGGCGAAGGAUAUCUGAUUUCACGAUGGCGUAUGGUACUGCUGGGGUUUCUUUUUUUCGCCUCUUCUUCCAUGUAAUACCGUUUGCUUCCUCUGCUCUAUUUCUGCGUA